UAAUUUAUCUUUCGAAUACUUAUUCCAUUAUUUUAUACCUACGUAUUUUACAUAAAGUAACAUGGUAUCAGAGCUUUUGCGUUAAUUGACCACCGUACUUCCGCAGACAUGCCGAUGGACGAAGAAGGAUCGAUGCCGGCACAAAAAAUUGACUACACUUUUACCAAUUAUGAAGAAUGGUCCCAUGCUGGAGCUCCUGGCAAUCCUGGGGCAACACGAGGCAGACCUGCUGCAAAGACCCAUACCGCAGUUGCUAAAACAGUAACCAAGCCGACACAAAUCCAUGUUGAAGGAAGUAGCGGACAGAACGCUCCUCUGCCAGGAUUCACGACCGUGCAAUGGAAUUCUUUACUCUCCGUGUUUGGUAACUCCCUCUCUACUAACGAUCGCAUGGCCGGACCGUCCCUCGAGGAGGCUGAUUGGAAUGGGAGAACGGGUGAAUGGACUGUACUACUUACGAGAGAGAACAGUAGCACAUGUAUUGACAGUCAAAGAUUCGAAGAAUGCUGUGGCGGAAUUGUGGCAUCAAAGGAUGGGGCAUCCCGCUCCUCACAUAAUUGAAAAGUUGGCUCCCGUAAGUGGACUGAAAAAGUUUGGAAAUUUUCCUUGUGAUAUUUGCUUUAGAGCUAAGCAGACACGAGACUCUUUUCCUACUAGUUUGAAUAAAACUCAUGCUAUUUUUGAGAUGAUACAUUGUGAUCUGUGGGGCCCAUAUAACACCCCUUCUUCGUGUGGAGCUAGAUAUUUUUUGACAAUUGUUGAUGAUUAUUCCCGUGCUGUGUGGGUCUACC